UAAGACCUAAAAAAGAAAAAACAUUUAAAAUGAGUUUAGUAGGAAAAAAGUGCGAAUCGAUAUCGGUUAGCGAAACAAACAGAGAUGAAAUAAUACGAAAUGAUGUUACACCAGAAGAUGUUCUGCGAUUGGAUAAAAUUACGGACACUUACUUAUGUAGUCCGGAAGCGAAUGUUUACGACAUAGAUUUUACAAGAUUUAAAAUCCGUGAUCUGGAAACUGGUACUGUUUUAUUUGAGAUCGCGAAGCCUCCAACUGAUUUUGGUGUUGAUAAUGAAGGAGCCGAAGACGUUCAAGACGAACCUUUAGAUCCUAACGCUGGAAGAUUCGUUCGCUAUCAAUUUACCCCGCAAUUUUUAAAAUUAAAGACUGUGGGUGCAACAGUUGAAUUUACCGUCGGUGCUCGUCCAGUAAAUCAUUUUAGAAUGAUUGAAAAACAUUUUUUCCGAGACACAUUACUGAAGACAUUCGACUUUGAAUUUGGUUUUUGCAUUCCAUUUUCAAGAAACACUUGUGAACAUAUUUAUGAAUUCCCCACUCUACCACCUGAUCUAGUUGAGGAAAUGAUAGCUGCACCAUUUGAAACUUGCUCUGACAGUUUCUAUUUCGUGGACAACCAUUUGGUCAUGCAUAAUAAAGCCGAUUACGCAUACAAUGGAGGAGUUAACAAUUAAUUCACAAAAUUAUUACAUUUGAUUUCACAUUUUAAUAAAAUUGGCACUAGAUAAUUAUAAAUAUUGCAAUAAUUAAUUAUAGUAAUGGCCUGUAAUAACUUAUUUGCAAACAAAUUAUUGUAACAAAAUUACUUUAUUUUUGUCAUAUUUAUUUAUUAAUAACUUAAGCAUAAACAAUAACUAGUUGAUAAGUAAAAUAAACACAAUAAUAUAUUUUUCUUGUUCAAUAUAUGCAAGAGAGUACUAAGCAAGGUGGAUACUGUAUUGCUUACUUUUGUAAAACUAUGUGAAAUUGAAACAGAAACAGAAACUAGGGUAGACGAUGAUACGUAUGAUUUGUUAUCAGGGUAAUCAAAUGUACUUCAUAUCUCUGUGGAUUAGUGAAGAAAUAUACGCAUGUAUUAUUUAGAAUUGUGUACAUUCCAUCAUGAUAUUAUUAUAUUGUAAAAAACUACUUUUCUUUAUUUCAAAGCAAAUUUUUAGAUAUACUAAA